AACAUAAGAAGUUGGCAUCGCCAAAGGGCGUGUAGAGUGUAGAGGUUGACAGACAGAUGACAAACAACACAUAAAUAUUAAAUUGGUGUUUGUUUCCUAGCAGAUCUAAAAAACCUCAAAGCAUUCACCUUCACGCGUCUUACUUCCACUUCCAUUCCCAGUCAAAAUUCCUAUUCGUCUCUAUAUCUCUCUCUCUUCUCUGCGUAAACCCGCUAGAUCCCCCCUCUCUCUCUGACGCACCCAAAUCUUGAAUUCUCUCCAUCUGCCUGAAAUCACCCAAAAUCUUGAAUUUUUGGAAUGUUAUACACAAACCCAGUUGAAAUCUUGAUCGCAUUGUGAAACAUAUACCAGUGCAUAUAUAUAUAAUAUAUAAUAUAUUGGAUUGGGUAGAAUACAGAGAAUGGGCAAAGUUUCCAUCUUCAUAUACUUAACCAUACUAGUCCUUCUUCUCCUUCUCAUCUCUCACUCUCCCAUGAAGCCCCCAAACCACCGCCACCGCCGCCUCAAGCUUCGCUCCAACUUCACCUUCUCUCCCCGUGCCCACAACAUCCACCACGAGCCCAUCCCUUUCGACCCCAUUGUCGCCGACAUCGAGCUCCGCCGCGAGGACCGCCAGUGGGAGAAGCAGUACUUCGAGCACGCACAUCCCGAGGUCGUUCACGUGGACUCGGCCCCGGCCGCCGAGUCGCAGCCCGAGUGGGAGGACUUCAUGGACGCCGAGGACUACUUGAACGAUGAGGAUAGGUUCAAUGUAACCAAUAGGCUGGUGUUGCUCUUCCCGAAGAUCGAUGGGGACCCGACUGAUGGGUUCGUGACCGAGCACGAGUUAACCGAGUGGACCUUGCAGCAGGCCGACAGGGAAGUGAUGCAUAGGACGCAGAGGGAGAUGGACGCUCACGACAAGAACAAAGAUGGGUUUGUUUCUUUUGCCGAAUAUGACCCCCCAAGUUGGGUUCAGAAUGCGGAUAAUACUUCUUUUGGCUAUGAUAUGGGCUGGUGGAAAGAGGAGCAUUUCAAUGCAUCAGAUGCAGACGGAGACGGUCUCUUAAAUUUAACCGAGUUCAACGACUUUAUGCAUCCAGCUGAUACCAAAAACCCAAAGCUACUUCAUUGGUUGUGCAAGGAGGAAGUUAGGGAAAGAGAUACCGACAAAGAUGGGAAGGUUAAUUUCAAAGAAUUUUUUCAUGGGCUAUUUGACAUGGUGAGAAGUUAUAAUGAAGAAGUUCACAAUUCUUCACAUGAACAUGAUGAUUCGAUGGAGGCCCCUGCUAGAAAAUUGUUUGCUGAGCUUGAUAAAGAUGGUGAUGGAUACUUGUCUGAUGUAGAACUACUACCUGUAAUUGGAAAACUUCACCCAUCAGAGCGAUACUAUGCGAAACAGCAAGCAGACUACAUCAUAUCACAGGCAGAUGGUGAUAAAGAUGGACGCCUAACCUUGACAGAGAUGAUUGAUAACCCGUAUGUAUUUUACAGUGCUAUAUUCAAUGAGGACAAUGAGGAUGAUGAGUACCAUGAUGAAUUCCGUUAAUUUUAUGCUAGGAUACUGGGAAAACUUUGGUCGAAUUCAAACUUGUUUUGGGUAUAUACAACUAGCAAGAAAAAGUUUCAAGAUUUCAACAACCUCGAGGAGGAGGAGGAGGAAGGAGAAGAAGUCAGUGUCCAUGGCUCUUCAUCCGAUUAUGAACCUCAGCCCUUUGUGAAGGGUGAUUUUGUAGUUGUUAGAUAUUAUUGGUUUUUUUGUUUUUUUGGUUUUUUUCAAAGGCUUCAUUGGAGUCCAUAUUAAUUUAUCUAGUUGCUAUACAUUGACAUGUACAAUACGAUACAUAUUUAUCUUC